AUAAAGUGUCCGCGUGUUUUACAAUUUGUGAACAUUUUAGCCUAUUUGUUUUGAUUAGUUAUUUAUUCACUAGUAAGUAAGCAAAAUUCGUUUAGUUAACAAUACUAUCUUGUAAACUUGCAUGAAAGAACAGAGAUUAUUGAUAGAGGGAGCUUCUGUGAAUUAUGUCUGGGAAGCGUAAUAUAUCGUACGUGAAACCCCAAGAUCCAAGUUUUUUAGCCAAGUUAAAAGCACAAAUCGGAUAUAAAGAAGGUCCAACUGUUGAAACAAAGCGGCAAAGGCUUGAUUUCGACGAUAACAGCUCGGACAGUGAAGUCUGCCCCGACCGUGAGGAAGAGAAGCCCCAAAUAGUGGUGUUACAGAGUGGUGACUUGACCCCGGAGGAAGUCCUUAAAGAGGAGGCACGAAUUUUUAGAGAAGCAGCGGAAGCACGAGCCGAUUUAAGUAGACCAAUAAUAUUCCAGAAGCGAAAAGAUAACCAGAAUCAGUCUACGACAUCUGCAAGUAGCAGCUCAACAUCUGAAAUCAGCAGCUCCAAAAGCUCUAAAUCAAGCAACGAUCCGGAAGGAUCCAAGAAAAUAAACAAGCAGGAGGUAAAACAAAGUCAAAAGAAGAAAAAACCCCAAACAAGUAAAUUAUCGUUUGACGCCGACGAGGAGGAGGACGAAAAUUAGCAAAAACCAGCCAGUCUUUUAUAAGACAACAUAAAUCGUGUGAACAUCUCCCUUUUGAUGGUCCCAAUCUGAAUUUGGUGGAAAC